AUGGUAUGUGAUCCAGAUUUCCGCAUCACAUCACUCUCUGCCCGAUGGCCUGGGUCUUGUCAUGAUGCCAGAAUUUGGAGGACAUCUGGUUUAUAUCAAAAAUUUGAAAAUGGUGAUUUUGAUGGCAUUCUAUUAGGAGACUCUGGGUAUCCACUAACCAGAUAUUUAAUGACUCCCUAUUUGACACCUCGUGACCUAUCUGAGGAGAGAUUCAACUCAAGUCUUUGCAGAACACGGGUUGUAAUAGAACAAACCUUUGGAAUUCUAAAAAGGAAAUUCCAGGCCUUACAUUUUGGUCUUCGGACAACACCUGACCAGGCAGUCACAUACAUUACUGCAUGCUGUAUACUACACAACAUUGGUUUGGAGAGACAGGACACCAUGAUCAGCACUGACUGCAGAGACUUGAAUAUUGCGGAGUGCCAGCAGCAAGUGAUUAAUGGUCCUUUGCCACAAGCCAGAAAUGACGGAAUUGCAAAGAGGCAAUCUAUCACACAAGGGUUCUUCUGAGGUCUUG